CCGGCUGCCACAGGGGAAUCCACUGGGAGACUGAGGGGCAGGCUCGGGCUAGGUUGAGGCCGACCAGCCCUGAGCCCCAGGACCCGGGGGAUGGCAGCCCCUCUGGAGCCCCAGGACCAGGCCCCUGGGGAGGGAGACGGGCUUCUGAUCGUGAAGGUGGAAGAUUCCUCCUGGGAGCAGGACUCCGCCCAGCAAGAAGACAGCAGGGAUGCUGAGUCCUGCCGCCAGCGCUUCCGGCACUUCUGCUAUGGGGAUGUGGGUGGGCCCCACGAGGCCUUCAGCCAGCUCUGGGAGCUGUGCUGCCGCUGGCUGCGGCCUGAGCUGCGCACCAAGGAGCAGAUCCUGGAGCUGCUGGUGCUGGAGCAGUUCCUGAAUGUGCUGCCUGGCGGCGUCCAGGGCUGGGUGCGUGAGCAGCGCCCCAGAAGUGGCGAAGAGGCAGUCGCCUUGGUGGAGGACCUGAAGAAGCAGCCAGGGAAGGCCAGGCAGCAGGAUGUGCCUUCAGAGGAGGUGGAAGCCGAGCCCACGGUCCAGAGAGCCCAGGCCAAGGGGCCUCCCCUAAAGACGGGGGCACGGAGCCGGCUGCCCCAGGAGCAGCCCAGCCACGACCAGCUUGCCCCCCAGCCCCCUGCCCUUCCUAAAGAGGGGAGUCCCAGCGAAACCACAGAUGCCUGCCUUGCUUCUGGGGUCCACGGACCUGUGACAUUUGGGGACAUUCCCUUCUACUUCUCCCGGGAAGAAUGGGGAUCCCUGGACCCUGCUCAGAGGGAUCUCUUCUGGGACAUAAAGCGGGAGAACUCGCGGAAUGUUGCCCCAGGUUUGGGGCUCAAAAGCCAGAGCAAGCAGUCGUGGUUGGAAGAGGCGGUGAUGGUGUCACCUGGCCAGGCUGGCCGCGACACGGCCAUGUCCUGGAGCCCCGAGGAGGCUGAGGCAUGGGAGAGUGAGAACCAGCCAGGGAUGCCACUGGGCCGGGUCGGGGGAGCGCGGCGAGGACGGCCACCCACGCGCCGGCGGCAGUUCCGGGACCUGGCGGCCGAGAAGCCGCACAGCUGCGGGCAGUGCGGCAAGCGCUUCCGCUGGGGCUCGGACCUGGCGCGGCACCAGCGCACGCACACAGGCGAGAAACCGCACAAGUGUCAGGCGUGCGACAAGCGCUUCCGCAGCUCCUCUGACCUGGUGCGCCACCAGGGCGUGCACACGGGCCAGAAGCCCUUCUCCUGCUCUGAGUGCGGCAAGAGCUUCAGCCGCAGCGCCUACCUGGCCGACCACCAGCGCAUCCACACGGGUGAGAAGCCCUUUGGCUGCAGCGACUGCGGCAAGAGCUUCUCGCUGCGCUCCUACCUGCUGGACCACCGGCGCGUGCACACCGGCGAGCGGCCAUUCGGCUGCGGCGAGUGUGACAAGAGCUUCAAGCAGCGUGCCCACCUCAUUGCUCACCAGAGCCUGCACGCCAAGAUGGCCCAGCCUGUGGGGUGA